CUUAUCCAUUGGGAAGCCUUUAUAAAAGCAGACUAAAACGAUCAUUUGGUUCAUCUUCAUCAUUCAUCAACGAUAGCAAAAUACAUUGAUUCAGAAAAAGUUUUGAGACAUAUUCGAAUUUUGUUCAGAGAGUAAACUACUUUCAUUUUUCAAUCCAUUGUAAUGGCGGCAUCCAAGAGUUACUAUGCUAGAGCUAGACCAAGCUACCGGUUCAUCUCCGACGAAAGGAACAGUGCCGUCGGAUCGGAUUCGUUGUUUGAGCUCGACGAAUCGGAUGUCUGGAAUGUUUCCGUGUCUCCGGAGUUGCGUAAGACGGUGCCCGGUUCUCGGAUCACGAAAAGGUCUUCGUCGGUGGCGGUGAAGCGAGGAGAGCUUGGAGGAACGGCAUCGUCGAUGCCGGUCAAUGUUCCGGACUGGUCUAAGAUACUCAAACAGGAUUACAUGGAGAAUCGGAGGAGAGACAGUGACGACGAUGAUUUCGAUGAUGAUGAUAACUGCUCUGGAGAUCGGAUUCCGCCGCAUGAGUUUCUGGCGAGGACUAGAAUGGCGUCAUUUUCCGUUCACGAAGGAAUCGGGAGGACUCUGAAAGGAAGAGAUCUGAGCAGGGUACGAAACGCAAUUUGGGAGAAAACCGGGUUCGAAGAUUAACCAAAUUGAUCCUUUUUCCAUUUCUUCUUACUAAAUAUCUGCAGAUGCGGAAUCUUAACACUCAACAGAGAAAUCUCCAUCUCCAUUUUUCUUCAAAUUAUUUAUUGAUCAACACAAGUAAAUGCCCUUUUUGUGCCCCAAUUCAGCAAUCUCUUCGUUUUGGUCUGAUUUUGCUUUUUUGUUAAUUGUGAUGGUGAAUCCGUUUCUUGGACAGCCAUGGGAAGCGAGAAUCGGUAGUUAAUUAAGAUUUAAGAAUGUAAAUUCUGGAUUUUGAUAUGAAAUAGAAAUUAGUUUUGAGUUUUGAUGAAA